GUUCUUGAUAGAAAAGUUAACAGCUUGAAAUCUUCAAUUGAUAGCUCAAAUGUCAUUCGGUUGGAUUUCGACAAGUACAAUGAAUUUCUAGUCCAGACGCCAAGAAAUUACUCUGUCAUUUUGAUGUUGACUGCAAUGACCAAAAGUCGAGGUUGCCAUCAUUGCCAAUCCGCUACUGAAGAGUUCUUUAUACUUAUCAAUGCCUUUUAUCAGUCAAAGGCCGACAAAGCCAGAAUAUUUUUUGCAGUUGCAGAUUUUGAUGACGAUCCAAGAAUAUUUGCUUCGUUGAAUCAAAACAUUGUUCCCGUCUUUAUGCAUUUUCCUCCCAAUUCGAAACCCCAUAAAGCAGAUUCAUAUGAUGUUUCAAGAAGUGGAUUAAAUGCAGAAGCUUUAGGCCAGUGGAUAGCCUCUCGAACUGGCAUUCAUUUCAAAAUUGAACGACCUCCAAAUUACUCGGGCUGGUUCUUCGUUGCCGUCACGGCCUGCGUUAUUGGAAUUAUUAUUUAUCUUCGCACGGACAGCUUGCAGAGUAUUUUCAAUCGGUCUACUGUGUCUUACACAAGCAUGAUUAUCAUUUUCUACAUGAUCUCUGGUCAGAUGUGGAAUGGUAUUCGACAUCCUCCUGCUUUUCAAAAUUCAGCUGAUGGGGGUCUGGUUAUUUUCUAUCCGGCAAGCAACUCUCAAUUCAUCUGGGAGACUGUUAUUGUUAUGGCAGUGUAUGCCCUCGUAUCUUGGAGCCUAGUUCUACUAAUUGAAGUCACCAACGCACCCGAUUCUAACAGAAAACGAGUGAUGGCAAUAACUGGAAUCGCCCUUUUUGCCAUCUUUGUCAGUCUCUCCUUAUCACUCUUCCGUAAGAAAAAUCAUGGCUAUCCUUACAGGCAAUUUUCUUUUGAAGUAGCUUUGGACUGUGCCGAUGCUAGUUUGAAUUCUCGAUAA